AUGGCUACUCAGCUGUCCUGUGACCGCCCGCACUCCCGGGUGAGCAUGGUAUCCAAUCAGACAUACCAUAGCUUCAACGACAUCGAAUCCCAUGAACCCGAAGUCGUCUCGCAACAGACCACCAUCGUCUGCCACGCUCCUCUCUCAAAUACUCUUAGCAGAGACCGCCCUCCGCCGCCCAUCCAGGAAAUGCGACGCCAAGAUUCUGGCUACGCAUCUAUUCAACGCAAAGAAUCUCGCUCUUCGUGUCGCCUAUCAUCUACCCUCUCGACGCCAUCCACUUCAGCCAAACGGCGCUCAAGACCAGCCAUUCAACGGUCCACAACCAACACAAGCUCCGGCACUCGCUUGAGCAGGAAGGGUAGCAAGGCCGUCUCACAACGCCGGUCUUACCAAUGUCGUCCGGCCCAGUCUCAGCAGCCAGUGACGUACUUUGAGUUUCCUGUCUUCACCACUUCGAAUCCCGAAUAUGCCAUCGACGAGGCAGAGGUGAAUGAGGACAAGUCCGCGCAAACGCAUGUUCAUCCCCUGCCACCGCAGACGACACACUACUGGACCAGCGACUCUACCAGGAGGAUGGAAUAUGCGGCUAUCGAUGCCGCCAGCCGGGGUGUGCGCGGAUGGUUCAUGCGUCACAUUGUGCCAGAGAGCAAGAGGCAUGUUGGAUUUGAGGACGACCGAGGGAGCGUGGUGCGGUACCGUCUGGACCUCGAGGAUGACAAUUCGGCCGAGAAGACGGACGACCAAAGUGAACGGAGGCGCAAGAGUUGGUGGCUCGGCAUCUUCAAACGAUGA